GCGGGGACGGAGGGGUAGGGGCUGCGCUGCCGGCGAGCGACUGGACGACCGUUAAAAUCCCGUUCCCAGUGGUGGUGGUGGUGGGGGUCGUCGUUCUGCUUUUCGAAAGACCCGCGUUGGAAACCGUUGGAAAAAGUGGGCGGGGGUCGAAGGAUUUUUAUUUUUUAACUUUUUCACUUCCAGGACUACCUUCCAGAGAGACCCCCCCCCCGCCCCCACCCGCCUCAUAACACAACCCAGGGGAGGGGGAGACUGAGGUGCUGGGGUGGGGACAUCCAAGGGUCGAGAAGGAGUUUUUUUUUUUAUUUGCAGCUCUUUUGCCCCCCUCCUCCGAGGAUCCCAGAGGGGGGGUCGGGGGAAAAAAAAAACAUUUAAGGAAAAAAUGCAUCGGUUUGAACUCGCCCCCAUCUUGCUGCUGACCAGCAUCUUCCUCCAAGGGGCCCGGACGCUCUCCCCCACCCACAUGCCAGAAGGGCAGAAAACAUGUAGCCCCAAACAGUUUGUGUGCAAGGAUCAGCUAACGUGUAUAUCCAAAGGCUGGCGUUGUGACGGAGAGCGAGACUGUCCCGAUGGCUCGGACGAGACAGCGGAUGUCUGUCCUCACCAGAAGUUGUUUAAGUGUGCCGUGAAUGAGUACCAGUGCCUGGGAACAGAGACCUGCAUUCACAUGAGCAAGCUCUGCGACGGAAAGUGGGAUUGUACCGACGGCUACGAUGAAGGACCCCACUGUCGAGAGGGUGCGGAGAACUGUACGAGAGCAGGGUGUAAGCACAGGUGCGCAGUCACCAACAGUGGAGCAAUCUGUUACUGCAACAAUUCCUACGCCCUGGCUGAAGAUGGCAAAUCUUGCAGAGAUUUCGACGAGUGCACGAUAUACGGCACUUGCAGCCAGACUUGCAGCAACACGGAGGGCUCAUACACCUGUAGCUGCGUGGAGGGCUACCUGUUGCAGCCGGACAACAGAUCGUGCAAGGCAAAGAAUGAGCCCGUGGACAGGCCCCCGGUCCUCCUGAUAGCCAACUCCCAGAACAUCAUGGCCACAAACCUGCACGGGGCGGGCGUCAACUUCAUCAACCCGGUCAGCACCAAGCAGACGACGGCCAUGGACUUUGUGUACGCGGAGGAGACAGUGUGCUGGGUCUACGUGGGGGACGCCACCACCGACACCCAGCUCAAGUGUGCCAAGAUCGCCAACCUCAAGGGCUUCACAGAGGAGACGGUCGUCAACAUAUCGCUCAGCAUCCACCAUGUGGAACAGAUGGCCAUCGAUUGGUUGACGGGCAAUUUCUACUUUGUUGAUGAUGUUGACGACCGCAUAUUUGUCUGUAACAAGAAGGGAGACACUUGUGUCAUACUGCUCGACGUGGAACUCUACAACCCCAAGAGUAUUGCCUUGGAUCCAACCAUGGGGAAGGUGUUCUUCACUGACUACGGCCAGAUCCCCAAGGUGGAGCGCUGUGACAUGGAUGGCCAGAACCGGACCAAGCUGGUGGACAGCAAGAUCGUCUUCCCUCACGGGAUCGCCCUGGACCUGGUGAACAGGCUGGUGUACUGGGCCGAUGCCUACCUGGACUACAUCGAGGUGGUGGACUACGAGGGCAAGAAUCGGCAGGCCAUCAUCCAGGGGCAGUUCAUCGAGCACCUGUACGGCCUCACCGUGUUCGAGAACUACCUGUACGCCACCAACUCCGACAAUGCCAACACACAGCAGAAGACCAGCGUGGUGCGCGUGAACCGCUUCAACAAGACCGACUUCCAGGUGGUGACGCGGGUCGACAAGGGGGGCGCGCUGCACGUUUACCACCAGAGGCGACAGCCCACAGUGCGGAGCCAUGCGUGUGAACCGGACCAGUUCAGCAAACCCGGGGGCUGCUCCGAUAUCUGCCUGUUGGGGAACAGUCACAAGUCCCGUACCUGCCGCUGCCGAUCAGGAUUCAGCCUGGGGAGUGACGGGAAGUCCUGUAAGAAGCCGGACCACGAGCUGUUCCUGGUCUACGGGAAGGGCCGGCCCGGCAUCAUCCGGGGCAUGGACGUGAACGCCAAGGUGCCGGACGAGUACAUGAUUCCCAUCGAGAACCUCAUCAACCCCCGCGCCCUGGACUUCCACGCCGAGACCGGCUACAUCUACUUCGCCGACACCACCAGCUACCUGAUCGGACGCCAGAAGAUCGACGGCACCGAGCGCGAGACCAUACUGAAAUCCGGACUGAACAACGUGGAGGGCGUGGCCGUGGACUGGAUGGCCAACAACCUUUACUGGACAGAUGAUGGCCCGAAGAAGACCAUCAGCGUGGCCAGGCUGGAGAAGGCCUCGCAAACCAGGAAGACCCUCAUCCAGGGGAAGAUGACCCACCCGCGGGCCAUCGUGGUCGACCCGUUACACGGCUGGCUGUACUGGACAGACUGGGAGGAGGAUCCGAAGGACACCAGGAGAGGCAAGAUCGAACGGGCUUGGAUGGACGGAACCAACCGGAAUGUCUUUGUGACCUCCAAGACCAUUCUCUGGCCGAACGGCUUGAGCCUGGACAGCCAGAAGGGCAUCCUGUACUGGUGCGAAGCCUACUACGACCGCAUCGAAAGGAUCUUCCUCAAUGGCACUGACCGCCGGUCAGUGUAUGAGCGAGGCGAGCUCAGCCAUCCGUUUGGCUUCACUCACUACGGCAACUACCUCUUCUGGACCGAGUACCGGAGCGGCAACAUCUACCGCCUGGAUCAGGCUUCCAAGGUGGUGACGCUGCUGAGGAGCGAGAGGCCCCCCACCUUCGAGAUCCGCAUGUACGACGCGCAGCAGCAGCAAGGUACUAACGCCUGCCGGGUGAAUAACGGCGGCUGCAGCAGUCUCUGCCUGGCCACUCCGGGAGGACGAUCGUGUGCCUGUGCCGAAGAUCAGCUCCUCGACGAAGACAACGUCACCUGCAAGGCCAAUCCUGCCUACAUCCCUCCGCCCCUAUGUCAGCCCGGAGAGUUUGCCUGCAAGAAUCGGCGCUGUAUCCAGGAACGAUGGAAGUGCGAUGGGGACAACGACUGUCUGGACAACAGCGACGAAGUACCGGAGAUCUGUCACCAGCACACGUGUCCCGCUGACCGCUUCAAAUGUCAGAACAACCGCUGCAUCCCCAUCCGGUGGCUGUGCGAUGGAGACAAUGACUGUGGGAAUAGCGAGGAUGAAUCAAACGCCACCUGCUCAGCACGGACCUGUCCGCCCAACCAGUUCUCCUGCGCCAACGGCCGGUGUAUCCCCAACUCCUGGACCUGUGACCUGGAUGACGACUGUGGUGAUCGAUCGGACGAACCCGCCUCCUGCGCUUACCCGACCUGCUUCCCUCUGACCCAGUUCACCUGCAACAACGGCCGCUGCAUCAACAUCAACUGGCGCUGCGAUGCCGAUAACGACUGUGGUGAUGGCAGUGACGAGGCAGGGUGCACCCACUCCUGCUCCAGCGCUCAGUUCAAGUGCAACAGCGGCCGCUGCAUCCCCGAGCACUGGACCUGCGAUGGGGACAACGACUGCGGGGACUACAGCGACGAGACCAACGCCAACUGCACCAACCAAGCGACCCGUCCACCCGGUGGAUGCCACGCCGAUGAGUUCCAGUGCCGGAUGGAUGGACUGUGCAUUCCCAUGCGCUGGAGAUGUGACGGUGACACUGACUGCGUGGACUCCAGUGACGAGAGGAGCUGCGAGGGAGUGACCCACAUGUGCGACCCCAACAUCAAGUUCGGCUGCAAGGAUUCCGGUCGCUGUAUCAGCAAGACUUGGGUGUGCGAUGGCGAUAAUGAUUGCGAGGACAACUCUGACGAGGAGAACUGUGAAUCGCUGGUCUGCAAGCCCCCCUCGCACUCCUGCGCCAAGAACGUGUCCGUCUGCCUACCGCCUGAGAAACUCUGUGAUGGGAACGACGAUUGCGCCGACGGCUCGGACGAGGGUGAACUCUGCGACCAGUGCUCCCUGAACAACGGCGGCUGCAGCCACAACUGCACAGUGGCCCCUGGGGAGGGCAUCAUCUGCUCGUGCCCGCUGGGGAUGGAGCUGAAGGGGGACAAGAAGAAGUGCCAGAUCCAGAGCUACUGCGCCAAGCACCUCAAGUGCAGCCAGCGGUGCGAGCAGUUCAAGAUGAUCGCCAAGUGCUCCUGCUACGACGGCUGGGCGCUGAUGCCGGAUGGGAAGAGUUGCUCCAGUUCAGAUCCUUUCAAGCCGUUUAUCAUCUUCUCGAACCGGCAUGAGAUUCGCCGGAUUGACCUGCGCAAGGGGGACUAUAGCGUCCUGGUCCCAGGCCUAAGGAACACCAUCGCACUGGAUUUCCACCUCAACCAGAGCUCCCUGUACUGGACGGAUGUGGUGGAGGACAAGAUCUACCGGGGGAAGCUCUCAGAGAGCGGAGAGCUGCCCUGGAAGAUGGAAGGCAGGUCUGGAGAGCAGUCCAUCGGCGGGAAAGGGGUCUCGUCGCGAGCCCUGAGCAGUGUUGAGGUGGUUGUACAGUAUGGACUGGCCACACCUGAGGGAUUGGCGGUGGACUGGAUCGCCGGCAACAUCUACUGGGUGGAGAGCAAUCUGGACCAGAUCGAGGUGGCCAAGCUGGACGGCUCGAUGCGCACGACGCUGAUCGCGGGGGACAUCGAGCACCCGCGCGCCAUCGCCUUGGACCCCCGGGACGGGAUACUGUUCUGGACGGAUUGGGACGCCAGUUUGCCACGGAUCGAGGCUGCCUCGAUGAGCGGGGUCGGGAGACGCACCAUCCACAAGGAGCUGGGAGCCGGGGGUUGGCCCAACGGACUAACUGUGGAUUACCUGGAGCACCGCAUUCUCUGGAUUGAUGCCAGGUCGGAUGCCAUCUACUCCGCGCUCUACGAUGGAAGCCGGCUGAUCGAGGUGCUGCGGGGCCACGAGUACCUCUCGCACCCCUUUGCGGUCACGCUGUACGGGGGAGAGGUCUACUGGACCGACUGGAGGACCAACACCCUGGCCAAAGCCAACAAGUGGACAGGGCACAACGUCACAGUCGUGCAGAGGACCAACACCCAGCCCUUCGACCUGCAGGUCUACCACCCGUCCAGACAGCCCCAAGCCCCGAACCCCUGUGCUGCCAACGGUGGAAAGGGGGCCUGCUCUCACCUCUGCCUCAUCAACUACAAUGCCACUCCGUCCUGUGCCUGCCCCCACCUGAUGAAGCUGGCCGAGGAUAAGAAGACCUGUUUCGAGUUUAAGAAGUUCCUUCUGUACGCACGGCAGCUGGAAAUCCGCGGUGUGGACAUAGACAACCCUUACUACAACUUCAUCAUCUCCUUCACCGUCCCCGACAUCGAUAACGUCACUGUGGUGGACUACGAUGCUGUCGAGAGGCGGAUUUACUGGUCCGAUGUCAGGACGCAAACCAUCAAACGGGCUUUUAUCAACGGCACUGGAGUGGAGACAGUGGUCUCGGCAGACCUUCCGAACGCUCACGGGCUCGCUGUCGACUGGGUGUCGAGGAACCUCUUCUGGACCAGCUACGACACCAACAAGAAACAGAUCAACGUGGCCCGGCUGGACGGUUCCUUCAAGAAUGCGGUGAUCCAGGGUCUGGACAAACCCCACUGCCUGGUGCUGCACCCGCUGCGAGGGAAGUUAUUCUGGACGGAUGGGGACAGCCUCAAUGUGGCUAACAUGGAUGGCACCAACAGGACAUCCUUGUUCACCAACCAGAAGAGACCUGUUGGGCUCUCGAUCGACUACACGGAGAAUAAGCUGUACUGGAUCAGCUCCGGAAACGGGACCAUCAAUAAGUGUAACCUGGAUGGAAGCGGCCUGGAGGUGAUAGAGACCAUGAAGAGCAAGCUGACCAAGGCCACUGCCUUGGCUAUCAUGGGUGACAAGCUGUGGUGGGCGGACCAGGCUGCGGAGCAGAUGGGCACCUGCGGCAAGGACGGUUCGGGAGCGGCAGUGCUGCGGAACAGCACCACGCUGGUCAUGCACAUGAAGGUUUACGACGAGGAGAUCCAGCAUGGUAAGAACCCUUGCACCAGCAACAACGGAGGCUGCUCCCAGCUCUGCCUGCCCACCUCGGAGAGCACCAGGGCCUGUAUGUGCACGGCCGGCUACAGUCUGAAGAGCGGACAGCAGUCCUGUGAAGGUGUGGGCUCGUUCCUCCUGUACUCGGUCCACGAGGGAAUACGUGGAAUCCCCCUGGACCCCAACGACAAAUCCGACGCCCUCGUCCCCGUCUCGGGCACCUCGCUGGCCGUGGGCAUCGACUUCCACGCGGAGAACGACACCAUCUAUUGGGUGGACAUGGGGCUGAGCACCAUCAGCAGGGCCAAGCGGGAUCAGACCUGGAGGGAGGACGUUGUCACUAACGGAAUCGGACGGGUGGAGGGGAUCGCCGUCGAUUGGAUUGCAGGCAACAUAUACUGGACGGACCAAGGAUUCGAUGUCAUCGAGGUGGCCAGACUGAACGGUUCCUUCCGAUACGUCGUCAUCUCCCAGGGUCUGGACAAGCCCCGAGCCAUCACCGUCCACCCGAAGAAAGGCUACCUCUUCUGGACGGAGUGGGGACAGUAUCCUCGGAUCGAGAGGUCCCUCCUCGAUGGGACGGAGAGGCUGGUGCUGGUGAACGCCAGUAUCAGUUGGCCGAAUGGGAUAUCGAUUGACUACCCAGAAGGGAAGCUGUACUGGUGCGAUGCAAGGACAGACAAGAUCGAACGGAUUGAUGUGGAGACCGGAGAGAACCGCGAGCUCGUCCUGUCCAGCAACAACAUGGACAUGUUCUCCGUCUCUGUCUUUGAGGAUUAUAUAUACUGGAGUGACAGGACACACGCCAAUGGCUCCAUCAAAAGAGGCUCGAAGGAUAAUGCCACUGACUCGGUUGCCCUCAGAACUGGGAUUGGCGUACAGCUGAAAGAUAUCAAAGUCUUCAACAGGGAGCGGCAGAAGGGUACCAACGUGUGUGCCCACAACAACGGGGGCUGCCAGCAGCUGUGCCUGUACCGGGGGAACGGCCAGCGGACGUGCGCCUGUGCCCACGGCAUGCUGUCCGACGACGGAGUGACCUGCCGGGACUAUGACGGCUACCUGCUAUACUCGGAGCGGACCAUCCUGAAGAGCAUCCACCUGUCGGACGCCAACAACCUCAACUCGCCCAUCAAGCCCUUCGAGGACCCCGAGUUCAUGAAGAACGUCAUCGCCCUGGCCUUCGACUACGGAGGCGGCGCCAAGACCAGCAACAGGAUCUUCUUCAGCGACAUCCACUUCGGGAACAUCCAGCAGAUCAGCGAUGAUGGCUCAGGCAGGAAGACCAUCGUGGAGAAUGUCGGAUCGGUCGAGGGCCUUGCCUACCACCGGGCCUGGGACGCUUUGUACUGGACUAGCUACACCACCUCCACCAUCACCCGCCACAGCAUAGACCAGAGUCGCCAGGGGGCGUUCGAGCGAGAGACCGUGGUCACCAUGUCGGGGGAAGACCACCCCCGGGCGUUCGUCCUGGACGAGUGCCUCAACCUGAUGUUCUGGACGAACUGGAACGAGGAGCACCCCAGCAUCAUGAGGUCGACGCUGAUCGGCUCCAGCGUCUUUGUGAUCAUCGGCACUGACAUCCGCACCCCCAACGGCCUGGCCAUCGACCACCAGGCUGAGAAACUCUACUUCUCGGACGCCACACUCGACAAGAUCGAGAGGUGUGAGUACGACGGCUCCAACAGGCAGGUCAUCCUGAAGUCGGAGCCGGUCCACUCCUUCGGCCUCGCCGUCUACGGUGAUUACAUCUUCUGGACCGACUGGGUGCGGAGAGCUGUGCUGCGGGCCGACAAGUACACCGGGGGGCACCUCAGGGUGCUGCGUGCCGACAUCCCACAGCAGCCGAUGGGCAUCAUCGCCGUGGCCAACGACACCAACAACUGCAAACUAUCCCCCUGCAAGGUGAUGAACGGAGGGUGCCAGGACCUGUGCCUCCUCACUCCGGAGGGACGGGUCAACUGCUCGUGCCGCGGGGUCCGGACCCUGCUCAACGACUUCACGUGUAGCGCUCCGAACUCGCCCUGCAACAUCUACAGCGAGUUUGAGUGCGGAAACGGGGACUGCGUGAACUACAGCACGACCUGUGACGGAGUGGCCCAUUGCAAGGACAAGUCCGACGAGAAACAGUCUUACUGCAAGAACCGGAAGUGUCGAAAGGGCUACAAGCGAUGUGUGAACGGCCGAUGCCUGCCGAACAGCAAGUGGUGCAACCGGCUGGACGACUGCGGGGACAAUUCCGAUGAAGCCUUUUGCAACGAAACUACGUGUGCGGCCAGCGAGUUCCGAUGUCAGGAUGGAUCCUGUGUGGGCAACGCGACUCGCUGCAACCAGAUAGUGGACUGCGAGGAUGCCUCCGAUGAAAUGAACUGCACUGCCAUCACUGACUGUAGUCACUACUUCAAACUCGGUGUCAAAGCUGAUUCAUUCCUGAAGUGUAAGCGCACUUCCCUCUGCUACCUGGAGUCCUGGACUUGUGAUGGCUCCAACGAUUGUGGAGAUUAUUCUGAUGAGCUGAACUGCCCCGAUCUGAGGAAGUCCAAGUGUAACGUCAAUUAUUUCGCUUGUCAGAGUGGUCGCUGUAUCCCUGCGACCUGGGUCUGCGAUAUGGAACAUGACUGUGAGAAGGGGGAGGACGAAAGCCAUUGUUUUAAGUUUUGCAGCUACUCGGAGUUUGAGUGCAACAACCACCGGUGCAUCACCGACCGCUGGGUGUGCGAUGGGGCCGACGACUGCGGGGAUGGUUCAGACGAGGACAUCCGGUGCGCCUCGGUGACCUGCGCGCCCGGCUUGAUGAAGUGCCCAGGGUCCCACAUGUGCGUGCCAAAGGCCUGGACCUGUGACGGCGACAAGGAUUGCCCCGACGGAGCCGACGAGAGCGUGGCUGCCGGCUGCGUCUACAACAAUACCUGCAACGAUGGGGAAUUCAUGUGCCAGAAUAGGCACUGCAUACCAAAGCAUUUCGUGUGUGACCACGACAAUGACUGCGGAGACGGUUCGGACGAGUCAGUCGAGUGCGAGUAUCCGACGUGUGGUCCCAAUGAAUUCCGCUGUGCUAACGGCCGCUGCCUCAUCAACAACCACUGGGAGUGUGACGGGGAGUUCGACUGCCAUGACCUGUCGGACGAAGCCCCCAGGAACCCUCGCUGCACCGGCUCCGACAAGAAGUGUAAUGAUUCCUUUUUCCUGUGCAACAAUGGGAUCUGUGUCAACGAGACCUUCCUGUGUGACAACAGCAACGACUGUGAGGAUGGCUCUGAUGAGCUGAACUGCUUCAUCAACGAGUGCCUGAAUAAGGAGCUGAGUGGCUGUUCGCAGGAGUGCGAGGACCUAAAGAUUGGAUUUAAAUGCAGGUGCAAGACCGGCUUCCGGCUGAAGGACGAUGGCAGGACGUGCGUGGACCUGGACGAGUGCAGGACCACCUACCCCUGCAGCCAGCUCUGCUUCAACACCUUCGGGAGCUACCACUGCAGCUGCUCCGAGGGCUACAUCGUCCGGCCCAGCGAUCCAACCAGCUGCAAGACCACCUCAGAUGAUGAAGCUUUCCUCAUCUUCGCCAAUCGCUAUUACCUGCGCAAGCUGAACCUGGAUGGUUCCAACUACACCCUGCUGAAACAGGGCCUGAACAACGCCGUGGCUCUGGAUUUCAACUACAAGGAGCAGCACAUCUACUGGACCGACGUGACCACCCAGGGCAGCAUGAUCCGGAGGAUGCACCUGAACGGAAGCAGCGUCGAGGUUCUGCACCGCACUGGUCUCAGUAACCCAGAUGGACUGGCUGUGGACUGGGUUGGUGGAAACCUGUACUGGUGCGACAAGGGAAGAGAUACCAUCGAGGUGUCCAAACUGAAUGGAGCCUACCGGACGGUGCUGGUCAAUUCAGGACUGAGGGAGCCUCGAGCUCUUGCUGUGGAUGUGAGGAACGGGUAUUUGUACUGGUCGGACUGGGGCGACCAUCCCCACAUUGGCAGAAUCGGAAUGGACGGGACUAACCGCAGCCUCGUGGUGAACACCAAGAUCACGUGGCCCAAUGGGCUGACCCUGGACUACGUAAACAACAGGGUCUACUGGGCUGACGCUCGGGAAGACUACAUCCAGUUUGCUGACCUUGAUGGUGCCAACAGGCAUAUAGUGCUGCAUCAGGACAUUCCACAUAUCUUCGCACUGACUCUCUUUGAAGAUUACAUCUAUUGGACAGACUGGGAGACCAAGUCCAUAAACCGGGCCCACAAGAGCACAGGAGCCAACAAGACCAUGUUAAUCAGCACUCUCCACAGGCCCAUGGACAUACACAUCUUCCACUCCUACAGACAGCCUGAAGUCCCCGAGCACCCCUGUAAACACGAGAAUGGUGGAUGCAGCAACCUCUGUCUCCUGGCUCCCGGAGGAGGUUACAAGUGCGCCUGUCCCACCAAUUUCUACCUCGCGGCCGACAGCAAGACCUGCCUAUCCAACUGCACCGCCAGCCAGUUUGUCUGUAAGAACGACAAGUGUAUCCCCUUCUGGUGGAAGUGCGACACUGAGGACGAUUGUGGUGAUCGAUCGGAUGAGCCAGAGGACUGCCCUGAAUUCAAGUGCCGUCCUGGACAGUUCCAGUGUGGGACCGGACACUGCACCAACCCGGCGUUCAUCUGCGAUGGGGACAAUGACUGCCAGGACAGCUCGGACGAAGCCAACUGCGAGAUUCACGUCUGCCUGCCGAGCCAGUUCAAGUGCACAGCUGCGAACCGCUGCAUUCCCGGGAUAUUUCGCUGCAACGGACAGGAUAACUGCGGAGACGGGGAAGACGAGAGAGAUUGCCCCGAGGUGACGUGUGCACCCAACCAGUUCCAGUGUGCCACCACCAAGAGGUGCAUCCCUCGCGUGUGGGUCUGUGAUCGGGAUAACGACUGCAUGGAUCACUCGGAUGAGCCUGCCAACUGCACCCAGAUGACGUGCGGAGUGGAUGAGUUUCGGUGCAAGGAUUCUGGAAGGUGCAUCCCUGCCCGUUGGAAAUGUGAUGGUGAAGACGAUUGCGGUGAUGGCUCAGACGAACCGAAGGAGGAGUGCGAUGAGAGAACCUGCGAACCCUACCAGUUCAGAUGCCGGAAUAAUCGCUGUGUGCCGGGCCGGUGGCAGUGUGACUAUGACAACGACUGCGGGGACAACUCCGAUGAGGAAGGCUGCACUCCCAGGGCCUGCUCGGAAAGCGAAUUCGCCUGCGCCAACGGGAGGUGUAUUGCUGGCCGCUGGAAGUGUGAUGGUGACCAUGACUGCGCCGAUGGUUCUGACGAGAAAGACUGCAUGGUCCGAUGUGAGAUUGACCAGUUCCAGUGUAAGAAUGGCCACUGCAUCCCACAUCGCUGGCACUGUGACAACGAUGCUGACUGUAUGGACGGUAGCGACGAGGACAACUGUGGCUCAGUGGUCCGGACAUGUCCUCUGGAUGAGUUCCAGUGUAACAACACGCUCUGUAAACCACUGGCUUGGAAAUGCGAUGGCGAAGAUGAUUGUGGGGACAACUCGGACGAAAAUCAGGAGGAGUGCCUUAAGUUUCAGUGCCCACCCAACCGGCCGUUCCGGUGUAGGAACAAUCGCGUGUGCCUGUGGAUCGGGCGGAGGUGUGAUGGAAUCGACAACUGUGGGGACCACACGGAUGAAGAUGAUUGUGAGAAGCCAACCAGUAAACCCAAAGCCUGUGAGAAGGAUGAGUUCACCUGCUCCAACAAUAAGUGCAUCAGCCAGGGACUCGUGUGCAAUAACUGGGAGGACUGCGGCGAUGGAGCGACUGACGAGCAGACCUGCUCCAAACACCCACAGUGUAAAGUCAACAAGGGUAUCUGCGGAGAUGACGCGGACUGCAAGGAGAACAAGAGGAUCUCGUACUGCGUGUGCCGGCCCGGGUUCCACUACAACAACGUCAGGCGGCAGUGUGAAGAUAACAACGAGUGCUUACAGUUUGGUGUCUGCUCACAGUACUGCAAUAACACCAAGGGCUCCUACUUGUGUACGUGCUCAAAGAACUACUUCAAAGGCCGGAACCACACCUGCAAAGCAGAAGGGUCGGAGCAGCAGGUCCUCUACAUCGCUGACGAUAACGAAAUCCGCAGCCUGCACCCGUUUAACCCCAACUCCGCCUACGAGCAGGCCUUCCAGGGAGACGAGACGGUCCGCAUUGACGCCAUGGACGCCUACGUCAAGGGCAACAUCAUCUUCUGGACCAACUGGCACACGGGCAAGAUCUCAUACCGCGCCCUGUCCGCAGCCUCCUCAAACCGCAACAAGCGACAGGUCAACCCGGGGGUCAUCGACCUGAACAUCCCUGGGCUGAAGAUGCCGCGAGGUAUCGCCGUGGACUGGGUAGCCGAGAACAUCUACUGGACCGACUCCGGGCGCGAUGUGGUGGAGGUGGCGCAGAUACGUGGGGAAAACCGCAAGACCCUGAUAUCGGGGAUGAUCGAUGAGCCCCAUGCGGUGGUCGUGGAUCCUCUGCGUGGGACGAUGUACUGGUCUGACUGGGGAAACCAUCCAAAGAUCGAGAAGGCGUCAAUGGACGGGACACUGAGAAGGACCCUGGUGGAGAACAAUCUGCAGUGGCCGACAGGUCUGGCUGUGGAUUACUUCAAUCAGCGCUUGUACUGGGCAGAUGCAAAACUCUCCGUUAUCGGCAGUGUCCGCCUCGAUGGUAAUGAUCCUGUGGUCGCUAUUGACAGCAAACAAGGUUUGAGCCAUCCGUUCAGCAUCGACAUCUUCGAGGACUACAUCUACGGCGUCACCUACAUCAACAACGUCAUCUUCAAAGUCCACAAGUUCGGGCAUGACCAGGUUCAGACCCUGACGUCAGGUCUGAACCAUGCCACUGACGUGGUCCUGUUCCACCAGUUCAAACAGCAGGAUGUGACGAACCCGUGCGACAGGAAGAAGUGCGAGUGGCUCUGCCUCCUCAAUCCCAUCGGAGCCACCUGCACGUGUCCCAACGGUCAGGCCAUGAUUAACGGGACCUGUAUCAAGACCUCUUCGCCCACUUCCUCUCCCGAUGUCCCCACUGUCGGCGCCUGUACGCUGCAGUGCCUGAACGGAGGGAGCUGCUUCCUGAACGAGAGAAGCCAGGCCAAGUGCAAGUGCCAGCCCCGCUACACCGGAGAGCGGUGCGAGACUGACCAGUGCCGGGACUACUGCCUAAAUGGAGGCACCUGCACUGCCUCCCCAUCAGGAAUGCCAACCUGCCGAUGCCUGAACGGAUUCACGGGGCCCAACUGCUGGAAGAAAGUGUGUGACGAUUACUGUAAGAACGGAGUUCCCUGCACAGUGAACUCGGGCAAUCAGCCAAACUGUCGCUGUCCUGAUGGCAUUGACGGAGAGCGCUGUCAAUAUCGGAGGUGUGAUGGACUCUGCCUGAACUCCGGCAAGUGCCGCCUGACGGAGGAGGACAUUAAGGAGUGCGUCUGCACAGCCCGCUACGAGGGAGAACGCUGCGAGAAGGACAAGUGUGACCGCUGCAAGGGUGGACCCUGCUCGGUCACCGACAGCGGCGGCGUCGUCGUCUGCAACUGCACAGAUGGCCGAAUAGGCCCGAGCUGCCUGACCUGCGAUGGGUAUUGCCAGAAUAAUGGCGCCUGUGAGAUGAACGAGAGAACGGAGAUGCCCGAGUGCAGGUGUGCCGCUGGUUGGACAGGUCCACAGUGCGAUGUAUUGGAGGCACAACCAUCCAUGGCUGGUAAAACUACGUCAAUAAUUGUGCCAAUAAUUAUAUUGCUCCUCCUCAUCCUCCUGACGAUCGGUGGGAUAUGUUGGUAUAAGAGACGAACACGAGGAGCAAAAGGCUUCCAGCAUCAACGGAUGACAAACGGCAUGAUGAACGUAGAGAUAGGGAACCCAACCUACAACAUGUAUGAGGCCGAACCAGAUGAGGGAGCUGGGGAGCUGCUAGAUGCGGACUACACCCUAGAUCCCGACAAGCCCACCAACUUCACCAACCCGGUCUACGCCACGCUGUACAUGGGGGCGCACCGGAGCCGCAACUCUCUCACCAGCACCGACGAGAACAAAGAGCUGCUGUCCGCCAGCGGGGAUGACGAAAUGUGUGACCCCAUGGCGUAGAGCGCCAGGCCCCUUCCCGGCGACACUCUGCUGCCCUUUGGUGGUUUUCUCUUUGCGCGUGCGUGUGCGUGUGCGUGUGUGUGUGUGUGCGUGUGUGUGUG